AUGUCAGAUAUUUUGAACAGUGCAACGUAUUACAAAUAUCAUGAUUAUGAAUUUUACAGUAAAUUAUUAAAGAGCAUUAAUAUAGAUACAGUUGAAUCAAAUGAUAUUGAAAUCUUCAUAAAAUCCCAAGAAAAGAUAGAAAAUCUACAAAGUAAUAUUCUUUAUAAUUGUAAACUUGUAAAAGGAUAUUUUGAGAAAAUUAAUGAGAUUUCUUCAAGUAAUGGUAAAAAAGGUUGCAAGUAUAUUAAUUACAUGAUAAAAAGACAGGAUGGUGGAAUGUAUACUGCUAAUAAUAAAAAUAUGUUUAUGUAUUUACAAGAUUUCGUUAAUAAUUAUAUUUCUGAUCCAAAUAAAUAUAGGUAUACAUGUAAAAUAGAAGAUAUUGAAAGAAAUGAAUUUAAAAAAAUAGAUGAUCUAUAUACUAUAUAUUAUUUAUAUUCGAGUAUAGCUGAAUCUGCUGAUUCUAAAACUCAGGAUUCCAAAAUAUGUGAUGAUUAUAAAAGAUUAAUUAAUGCAUAUAAUGAUCUUUUAAAAUCCAUUAUAUUAAAUGCGGAUAAAUACUUACAUAAUGAAUUAAAUUAUAUGAGAUGUCUAAUUGAAAAUAACGGAUGGAAAUUAAGUAGCCAAUGCAAAACACUAUUACCUGUGCUAUUAGAAAAUAUCAUUUCUCCCGAUUAUUAUGAAAAAUGCAAUAAACUAAAACGAUCUGAAUACAAAGAAAACCCAUUUAUUAUCUAUGAAGGAGCUUAUUCUGGUAAAAUUUUUAGUUAUAAUAGCAAUAAAUACCUUAUUAUAACAACAGUACUAGUUACUUUAACUGUAGUAGCAUUUUUUUGGUAUUUCUAUAAGUUUCGAGAAUUUUGGAAUAAAUUACACCUUCGUGUACAAAGAAAGAUAAGAAAGACCAUGAAUGAGAACGACCAACAAUGCCAAUAUAUAAUCUACUAA